UUUAAAACGUGUUUUACUCUCACCGUUCCUUACUUUAAAAAAAGCCUUCCGCUGCAAAACAGUUUUAUCAACUUCGACCGUACUUUAUUCAUAUGGUCUAUUUUUUUUUCUAUACUUGACUAUUUUUAAGGUCAUAGGAGUAGGAACCACUUAAAGUAGCAGAAGCUAAGUAUUUUGGCUAUUUUAAAAUUCCAUCAGCGAGCGCAUAAAUGACAGACGAAUAAAUAACCAGAGAUCUUAAAUAAAGAAGUUCACAAUACGAUUUAUCAAAAACAGCAUAUUUAGAUAUUUUUAAUCAUACAGAAUGACUUUAAUUACAAGGAAGCAUUUUAUAUAUAUAUGUAUUUUACUUUUAACACCAUCUUAUGAUGCAACUGGAUUACAAGGUGUACCGUCAUGGAUAUGUCUUGGCUUAAAAUCACCUUUUAUUAAAUUUGGAAUCAAGGAAGAACAACUAGCUAAUACAAGUAUUCCACUAAAUAUCACAAAAGAUGAGCAAGCGUAUAUGCAUCAAGAGGGUCUUCGUAAGCUCGGUACUUUUAUUAAGCCCAUCGACCUUAGAGACUCUGCGACUGGGUUUGUCAAAGCCGACCUCACAAAAAGACUGACACUUGAUCCGCCAAACACAACAUCUCGCCGUAUUCAUCCAAUACAGGAGGAAAUGGACCAAAAGCAAAUUAUACUUCUUGAUGAAGAUACAGACGAAAAUGGAUUACCGUCCAGCUUAACAGAUGAAGACCGCAAGUUCAUAGUACCAAUGGCUUUAAAGAAUAUAUCACCUGAUCCUCGCUUGAUUGGUACAAAUCCCGCUUCCUCUGUCCUUAAAAAUGACAAGAUAACAAUAACAUCUACCAGCACUACAGAACAAUUGGCCGUUAGUCCCACCUCUAACAUCGAUGACUUGAAGAAACACAUACUGUUUCUACAUAACAUGACAAAAACCAAUACAAACUUCGAAUCGAAGUUUGUUAAAUUCCCCAGUCUCCAGAAAGAUAAGGCUAAGCCGUUGGAUGGAAAUUUUCCCAAACCUGUAAAGCGUCCGCAAAGACCAAUUUUUCAGUAUUCGGCACCCAUUGCUCCACCAACUCAUAAAGUUCUGAAAGAAUCCCCUAGUGAUCACCAGAUUAAUAACUCCAGUGAGGUUAACAUUAUUGAUGCUGUCAAGAAAUUAUCAACAGAGACUCAAGAGCCUUUGUCAAUUGAAACACAGUCAACAACAGCACCUGAAGUUGCUAAAAGCAUACCAGUGAUAAAUUCAAAACAUGUAUUACGCACAACAAAACGUCCUCCUUGUCUGCGUAAUCCGGACUCGCCAAAAUGUAUACGACAGCGUCGUAGGGAGGAACAACAGCGGCAGCGAGAACGUGAUGACUGGUUCCGAGGUCAAUCUGAAUUUAUACGGCCCAACUUUCAGCCUAUUAUACAAACAAUUAAUAAUACCAAGCGGUUCGCAGUAUCUAUUGAAAUACCAGAUUCAUUUAAAGUUCACUCUACAUUAUCUGUAGCUUCUAAGAGAUCAGAGGAAGAAUUACUAUCACGCUUAGAACGUUCUCAACCCAGAAGUAAAAACCGCAUGGUUGACAUAGAAGUAGAUUCUGAAUACAAACCGAUACAAUUUUCUCGAGCUGAGGGUUAUUAUGAGCCCGAUAUCGUAAUGACAUCCGCAAAUGUGGCUAGCGAGCUUGACUUUCUAAGUGAAUCUAUUCAAAAAUACAAUGUGUCUUCUCUAAAUGAGAGUCUUAAUGACACAUCUUCAGAUUCCUCUUACACUGAACAAAUUUAUAUAAAUCCAAAAAACUGCUUUAGCAUUAAUGGCUUAAGUUACAGCCAAAAAAAGUUAUGUGUAAAGCACACCAAUGUUAUGCCAGCAAUAAGUCGUGGAGCCCGAGCAGCAAUUCAAGAGUGCCAAUUUCAAUUUAAAAAUCGUCGCUGGAAUUGCAGUAUUACUAACGAUGAAACUGUUUUUGGUCCAAUGACGAGCUUAGGUAAGUAA